AUGGGACUGACCAGGCACAUAGAGCGCAAUGGUCGUAAGACUUUGACCACCGUCCAAGGCCUCCCCAAGAAAUUUGACCAGAAGAAAAUUCUCAAGGUCAUCAAGAAGAAAUUCGCUUGCAAUGGCACAAUCGUCACCGAUAGCGAGAUGGGUGAAGUGAUUCAACUUCAAGGAGAUCAGCGCAAAGAUGUUCAGGAGUUCUUGGUCGCCAAAGAUGGCCUCGAGCUCGAUGCAAAGACUAUCAAGGUCCAUGGUUUCUAA